AUGGGCUGGUGGCCGUUCUCCGGAGACACCCGCGCCGACGCCAUCCGCAGCGGCACCGCCAUCCCCAACCGCCAGGAGCGCACCGUCUGCUGGGCCGCGCGGGACGCCUACUUUGCGUGCCUGGACGCCCACAACAUCGUCGACGCCAACAAGGACGCCUCGGCGGCGGCCAAGGCGUGUCCCCAGCAGUCGGCCGACUUUGAGCGCGACUGCGCCGCCGCCUGGGUCAAGUACUUUAAGCAGUGGCGCGUGGCGGACAUUCAGAAGAAGAGGAGGCUGGAGGAGCUGCGCAAGCAGGGCGCCGUCGAGAUGGAGGUUGCGACGAGCUUUGCGCCGGAGGGGGGCGCCGGGGAGAAGGGCAAGGGGAAGGGCGAUAUCCAGGAGAUGCUGGAUCGGAAGAGGGGGAGGUGA